AAUCGAUCCGCAGUGAUCAAUCACAGGGGGGACACAUUGAGCAAGUUGAUAGAAACAAAGAUACAAAGUCCAUGGGCUUAAACGUAGCACUGUUCGUUAUGAUCUUAGAUCCUUAGUGACGCUGAUCGGGGCACAGAUUACAGUUACCUCCUGCUAAUGUACCUGGCGAAAUGUUUUUGUCCAUAAUACAGAACUUUUUAUAACUUUGACCUGAGAAGGAAAUAUAUGGGAAAUUAUCUGUCAUGGACGCAAGUAUUUCCAAGAACUCAUGGACGCAGCUAUUUCCAAGAACCAAUUGUCUCUGUGAUUGACUCUUUGGAGUUGUGCUGUUAAACAUUAUUGAAAUGUGAGCCCAGAUAGUAAAAAGAUUCGAACUGUGAUAUACAAAUAGGGUUGAAGUCCUACUUCUCCACCAUGGCCAAACAUCAAUUGGAUAUUUUCGUAGCGAUCGCCACGGAAGCAUUUGAUCGUCUCCAGCGGAUCGUGACGACCAUUCCGGACAUCAACGUCCGAGACAGUCGCAUGCGAACGCCGCUAAUCGCUUCCAUGGUCAUCACUGACAAAACCGUCCUUCUGAACACGGUCCGUCUGCUCCUUCGGCACGGAAGUGACGUCAACGCGCAGGAUCAACAUGGCCGCUCGGCGCUGAUGCUGGCCUGCGUAGACAAAGAAAGACUUGACGUUCUCGAUCUACUGGUCAAGAACCAAAGCUGCGACCUUAACCUCAAAGACUGUGACGGGAACACGGCCCUCCACCACGCUGUGGAGAGCGGCAAUGCGAUGGCUAUCCGUGUUCUGGUCAGCGCGGCGUCCGAUAAACGAAAACUUAAUUUGAAUGAGAUAAACAAUGCUGGACUGUCUGCCUACAAACUGGCGGGAAGAUUACAGCACGUGCGCUGCAGCAGAAUGCUUGUAAAACAUGGCGGCUCUGAACUCAUCACCAACGAUGAAGAGUCUUCUACCAAAAAACCUUCUGACAUUCCAAAUGACUUGAUCUCAGUGAGAAAACGCUCUAAAUCUCGCGCAGCGGAAAACAGAACGCGGGAAUCCAUUCAAAGUAUGGUCAAUGAGCAGCGUGCUAAAACUCCAUAUGAUCUUAGCGCAAGGUCUAUAAAAGCACCCAAAUAUUUCCAGUCCGGGAAAACGCCUACAGAAAUUUCACUUCGGCCUGAUAAAUGUCUGCAAGACACGUCCAAAAGUAAUGAAUUUCCUCAACAGGUCACCGAAAGACGAGGUUUGCCGAAGCUGAGGCCGAAGUCAGAAGUUCUUCCCGUCGCUGCGUUUGAAAAUCCACCGUAUAGACCCUUCCAUCGUCCACUCAGUGACCGGCGUGUGGUCAUUCUCUCUAGAGACAAUCUAACUGAUACUACAGAGAAUAGGCGCGAACCAAGAGAAGGCGCUUUUCAUUUGUCGUUGGAUGAGUCGUCACAGGUCUUAAACCUCAGCAGCAGUAACUUUUCUGGAUACGCGAGACCUUCGACUAGACACGUGUCCGGCGCAACGACAUUGGAUGGACAAAGACAAUUUAGAUUGGAGGGUUUCCCGCCGAGCAAUGAAAUGGGUAACUCACAUCAUGCUUUAAGACAGGAUAUCUCUCCACUUCGAGAUUUUUCAUCACACGAGGACAGACCGCGAUACAAUACUAGGCGAGUUCUCACGCCAAUUGCGUCUGCCAAGACAGUUUAUGAAGACCUAAGGCCGCUGUCUCCUGCACCGGAGCGCGUUAGAGAUCGUCUGCCCAGUAUAGCAAGCGGGAAAACUUUGUACCUGAUGACACCAAGGGAAGCACAAAGUAGACUGUAUUAAUUUAUCUAGACUCCAAGGGAGGCACAAAGUAGACUGUAUUAAUUUAUCUAGACACCAAGGGAAGCACAAAGUAGACUGUAUUAAUUUAUCUAGACUCCAAGGGAAGCACAAAGUAGACUGUAUUAAUUUAUUUAGACUCCAAGGGAAGCACAAAGUAGACUGUAUUAAUUUAUCUUAACAAAAGGGAA